AUGCGAUCCACUGCCUCGCCUGCCGUACUGUUACUGGUGCUCUUGCUCAGUUGGGAAGCUCCACAGGCGAGGGCGGCUGUAUCACCACAGGAUGCAGUGACUACGAGUGUGGAGCAGUUGCCCGAGGUGAAACCUCAAGGGGGUGGAUCGUCGCUCGGCGUUGGGCAUGAUGCCGAAGGUGCGCUACAGGGUGGCCCGGACGGGAUGCCGUUGGAUGAUGGGGUGCAUAAGGCGGACUUUCGGCCUGGCGUGCGGGGUCGGAAGUCCGUGCUGACGGCUCUGUUGCUUAUUGCGGGGUAUUUGCUGGCUCACAUUAUGAGCAGGCAUGAACUGUGGCCCUCUGCGCUGCUUGACCCCGGGCCGUUGAACUUGCCUGAGAACGCUCACCUUGCGAGCGCCGCGGCUGUAACAGGAGUGCUGCUCUCUGGACUGGGUGAACUGCUGCAGUCUGCCUUGUCGAGGCGUAAGGGGCACCUGAAUUCGCCCCAACAGAGAAGAGGAAUGCUUCAGAUGGUCUUGGCAGGGUUUCUGUACUUCUCGUGCAUUGGUGCUGCCGUCUCCUUGGGGCCACUUGCCGCAUUGCCCCAGCUACACGCCCAAAUCAUCAGUUUGGCAGCUGCAGGGCUCUUUUUCUGGGGGGGGGCUCUGUACUUCGAUCCUUUCGGGCUGGUCAAUUAG